ACAGAUGCACAGCACACCCUCAUUCAGAGCGUCAGUCUCACUUGCACCUCCUGGGCGGCAGUGCAGAAACAACAGAGACAUGAGGCUGUCCCUGAGAUUUCUCACCCGAUUUGUAGGCGUCGUUGGACUCCUGAGCUUUGCAUGUCUGCUGGUGGCCAUUGGAACGGACUUUUGGUACAUAAUCCAUGUCUCUGAGCAGAGGCACAACUCCUCUGUGUCUCUGAGCUCACACACUGGACUGUGGAGAACUUGUAACUUUCAAAGCCAAUGCUCAUCCUUGGUGAAUCCCUUUAAAAAUGGUGGAAAUUUCACAUAUUCAGAGAGGCAAAUAUUAAACCUGCACGGCGCUUUCCUGGUGUUGCUGCCUCUCAGCGUGAUCAUUAUGGUGGUGAGCAGCGUGCUCGGUAUCAUCAAACUGUUGGCAAGGGCGCGCCGGCUCCUGGUGGUGACGGGAAUCCAGCUAAUUUUCGGUGCCCUGGUGACCAUGUGCGGUGUGUGCAUCUACGUGGCCUACUGGGCUGCAGCCUACAGGGAGGCAACCAGACUCGACCUGGCUCUCAACGGCGACGGCACCAAGACCCUCGAUGAUGGCGUGGACAUCCGCUUCGGCUGGUCCCUGGCACUGGCCUGCGUGUCGAGCCUGAGCGAAGCCCUCACGGGCGUCACGAUUCUGGUCAUCGCAUGGAGAAUGAGGCACCAAGAGCCGAGAGAGGACCAGGGCUUCGAAAUCCAAUAACACAAAUCAAAUCAAAGACGACAUGUUCAUCCGACAAAGACGGAUCAUCUGAUUUUGGACCAGGGGGAUCCUCAGGGACCAAAUGGCUCCUGACCAUCUGGAGAUGCUAGACAAUGACCUCAGUCUUACAGGCAGCCCUAAAGGCAGCAAAUGUUAAGAGUCAUUUUAGGCAAGGCAGACACACCGAGCAUUGGGUUACAGUUCUGGUUCUGACCUUCAUUAGGAGAUCACACCUCAAGUGUCAUGGCUCUUGGGGAUUUCAUGUAGCUGUUAGCACCUCUCCGGAGGGUUGUCAUGACGAAACAGCAUGAGAUUAAUGAUGUGGGUGGAAGGGUAAGGCUAGGUGAGAAAUAAUUACAUUGGUGGGACUGUAUACUAUACUGGGGAACACAGCUGUCUAUGCCUUGAUUGUGUAUAUACACACACACACACACACACACACACACACACACACACACACACACACACACACACACACACACACACACACACACACACACACACAUACACAGUAAAUAUACACACAGCUACUCAGUCACACUGUGAUGGUGUGACUCUUACACAGGCAUGCAAUACAUACAAACACAUACCGCACAUUGUACACACACAGAAACACACUCUUGUGUAAUCACACAUGCACCCAAACACACUCAUGCACACAUCCUGUACAUACAUAUGCAUUCAUUUUUAUGACGAGAGAUAAAUUAACACACAUAUGACAUAUCCACUCAAUUCACGAUAAGUAUUUUCUUGCAGCCACUUUACAGAUUUAAUUUGCACAGCAGAUUUAUUUUUAUCACACACACACAAUAUUCUACAGUACCUAAAUGUCUUUGGUAUUUACGUCACAAACGCUCAGCACAACAACAACAGAUUGCUAUUCGUCCUUGUAGAAUGGUAAUUAUAUUUAAGUAAGAUUGAUAAUCUUGUAAUUAGUUACCAGGUCUACCAUAUGGAUCAGUGACUGACCCUUCAAAAGAAAGGAAUUAGGAGCAGAACAUUGAAAACUGAUAGGAUAGAACCCCAUGCCUUUGUGCAAACCUGCUUCAUUCGGCUUUGGAGAGAUAACUUUCCUCUCUGGAAAGUUAUCGACACCCAACUGCGGCCAGUUGCCUUCAAAACUUGUAUUCCUGCUGGGAUAUAAACUGACUGGAUGUUCAAAACAUAAAUGUAUUUUAUAUUAUGGAAUGAGCUGUGGUGUGCCUAAUGUAUACUUACCAUCAAGCAUCAAGUGUUGAGAAGUGUCAUAGAAGAAAACUUUGUUCAUGCAUUUAAAAAGUGACAUAAUGUUCUUGUAUCAAAUGAAGUCUAAACAGUAUUAUAAAGUUGUUUGUUUGUGUUGAGCU